UCAACCCCCAUCCCAGCCGACCUCUUCGCCCUCGCCCUCCACGACCUCCCCCUCGACAGCGUGCACGCCAAAUCCGCCGAACUCCGCAACUCUCUCGCUCACCUCUUGGAGUCGAACAUCCAACUGCGCCCUUUCGCGGCCGCAGGCGACGCCGACUGCGUGGAAGCGAUUGCAGAGAACGAGGUCGUGAUGAAGCGGUUUGAGGAGAGGAUUGCGCUAUGUCGGGCGGAG